AUGCAGUCUACCCGAAAGAAUGUCGAAACAACUACUGCGAAGCACCGCGGACCCGGUGCAGUUGACAACAAGCGCAAUAGCCAUUCCGUGCGCUGCAAGACGGCCGGUGUUCACGGACUCGUUUACUGGCGAGACCUAUGCUCCCUCCUCUACUCAAAACGCACAUGUAUCUGGUGUAAAAAAUGGAGCCGAAACAAGUCCCCACUACGACAUUCAAAGGCGCUCCCACCCUUGUCCUCUACAGGUCUGCAGAACGAAGUGUGGAAAGUGAAUGGGAGCGGGCGUUCGGUCGGCGAAAGGUGGGACACCUGCUGGAAGACUCUCAACCACGAGCCCUUGGUCAGGAUGUUCAAGGAUAAGACGUCCAAAAAUUUCAAGUCGUGCUACGACAAGAUCGUUGACGACCAGAGCAAGAGCGAUGGUAAAGCCCUGCGGGACUCCGGAGCCGGCACUGCUGAGAGUGGCUCGGAGGACGACGUAGAGAAGAAUACCAAGGUCCAGCUGGACAAAGUUCUGACCGCGAUAGUGGACGCGAAGGCUGCCGCGAGGCAGGACUUGGAGGAGACCGAGCACAAGAAAGCCGACGAGGCGGCCUCGCAUCCGCGAUGGGGAUGUGGGCCAUCAACCAGGGCAACGCCCGAUGCGGGCCGGGCGCGAAGGCGACAUCAUUCGAAGAAGCUGUUGCUGCCGACAACAUCGCGUUGGGUUCCCGCUCCGGUGCAGCGGCCGGUGGCCGUGCGUCGGGCGAGUCCGGCCAGCAGCAUCGGGGGGGCGAGGCCCGCGUCGGAGGCUUUGGCGGGUGGCGCUGCCAGCGGUCGAUCGAGCCCGACCAUGAGUACGGGCGGGCUAGACGAUGACUUAUCGCCCGCGGGGAGCGAGCCAUCGAGGAAGGUUCCACCGCUUGGCGAAUUGGUGAAGCACAUGGGGUCGCUGAGCAUUCCGACGCUUGUGCAAAGUGCCGGGGUCACCACGGAGGAGGCAGACUACUUCCUCAACACGGGCUUCACGGCCGACGAAGUUCAGCCGGAAAGGGCCGUGGCCAUGAUGACGGUACUACUCGACAAAAGGCUUAGUCUCCAGCGCGACGGAGACAGCGUCCAGGACUACAUGGAUGAUCUUGGUGAAGAGGAUAUGCAGCUGCCCGGGUUUGAUAGGUUGACGAGUCGGUCAUGCUGCUCGAGCUCUACGGCGUGGAAAUGAUGGACUUCCGCAGCCUGCCGGAAUCGAAUUGAUUUCACAGCGGAU